UUUGCAUGAGUCUCAAUGGAGGUUCGUUUGUCUGGGCCACCGAGCGCCCCCUGCUGGAACGACGGGUUGGUGUCACCGGCUGUUAUUACCGGUUAUGUCCCGGUGUUCUCGGUUCGGAUCCGGUCAGCAGGGAGGCUGGAGAUGGCGGAACGCAUGGCCGCUCGUUUGUCCGCUCAGGAGGAGCAGAUAGAGGCGCUGAGUAGUGAGAUCCGCCGCCUGCAGGACGGACUGACCGGAGGAUUCCUGACCGGCGGCCCGAGCCUGGACGCGCUGCGAGCGGAGAACGAGAAGCUCCGGUACCGCGCUCUGCACCUCCGCCGGAGCCUCCGAGAGGAGCAGCAGCUGCAGGAGCAGAGGACAAACAAACCUGAGCAGAACCGGAGUCAGAACCAGAGCCAGAAACAGAACCGGAGUCAGAGGACAAACAAACCUGAAGAACAAAAGGAGAAAAACCAUGCAAAGCAGAAUGCUGCUCCGUCUCGAUCCAAUACAUCAGAUGCUCCAGAGAAAAACAAGAAGAAGGAGAAAGUGAAGGCAGAGCUGGACCCAGGGCCGGUGUUCGUCUCUGAGCGUCUGCAGCUCUAUGAGCGGCUGAAGAAGGAGAGCGAUGCUCUUCUGGCGGAGCGAGCAGCUGGCGGUCACUCCAUCAGUGUCCAGCUGCCCGAUGGUCAGACGCUGAGGGCCACAGCCUGGGUCAGCAGCCCGUAUCAUCUGGCCUGCUCCAUCAGUCAGGGUCUGGCGGACAGCUGUGUGAUCGCGCGUGUGAACGGAGAGCUGUGGGAUCUGGACCGUCCGCUGGAGACCGACUGCAGUCUGGAGCUGCUGCGCUUCGAUCACGAGGAUGCACAAGCCGUUUACUGGCACUCCAGCGCUCACGUCCUCGGAGAGGCUAUGGAGCGCUUCUACGGCGGAUGCCUGUGCUACGGGCCGCCCAUCGAGAACGGCUUCUACUACGACAUGUUCCUGGACGGACAGAAAGGAGUGUCCAGCUCAGAGUUUGGAGAUCUGGAGAACAUCUGCAGGAGCAUCAUGAAGGACAAGCAGCCCUUCGAGAGACUGGAGAUCAGCAAGGAGACGCUGCUGGAGAUGUUUAAGUACAACAAGUUCAAGUGUCGGAUCCUGAAUGAGAAGGUUUCCACUCCCACCACCACCGUCUACAGGUGCGGCCCGUUGAUCGAUCUGUGCCGCGGGCCGCAUGUACGACACACCGGAAAAAUCAAAGCACUCAAGAUCUAUAAGAAUUCAUCCACGUACUGGGAAGGCCGCUCAGACAUGGAGACGCUUCAGAGGAUCUAUGGGAUUUCUUUUCCUGACAGCAAAAUGCUGAAGGAAUGGGAACGUUUCCAGGAAGAAGCCAAAAACAGAGACCACCGCAAGAUCGGGAAGGAUCAAGAACUUUUCUUCUUCCAUGAUCUGAGUCCAGGAAGCUGCUUCUUUCUUCCACCAGGCGCUUACAUCUACAACACGCUGACAGAGUUCAUCAGGGAGGAGUACAGCAGACGUGGCUUCCAGGAGGUGGCAUCUCCUAACAUCUAUAACAGUAAACUGUGGGAGACAUCGGGUCACUGGCAGCACUACAGUGAAAACAUGUUCUCCUUCCCCGUGGAGCAGGACGUCUUCGCUCUGAAGCCCAUGAACUGUCCUGGACACUGUCUGAUGUUCGGUCAUCGGCCGCGCUCCUGGCGUGAACUUCCUCUCAGAUUGGCUGAUUUUGGUGUUUUGCAUCGUAACGAGCUCUCAGGAACACUGACGGGCCUCACGAGAGUCCGCCGCUUCCAGCAGGACGACGCUCAUAUAUUCUGCACUAUGGAUCAGAUCGAGUCGGAGAUGAAGGGCUGUCUGGAUUUCUUGCGCUGCAUCUAUGAUGUCUUUGGCUUCUCCUUCCAGCUGCAUCUCUCCACGCGUCCGGAGAAGUUUCUGGGCGAUAUUGCUGUGUGGAAUCAGGCUGAGAAGCAACUAGAGAACAGCCUGAAUGAGUUCGGAGAGCCGUGGAAACUUAAUCCAGGAGACGGGGCUUUUUAUGGACCAAAGAUUGACAUUACGAUUAAAGACGCCAUCGGCCGUUAUCACCAGUGUGCCACGAUUCAGCUGGAUUUCCAGCUGCCCAUCCGCUUCAGUCUGACGUAUGUGGGGAGAGACGGCGAUGACAAGGACCGACCGGUCAUCAUUCACCGCGCCAUCCUGGGCUCCGUGGAGAGAAUGAUCGCCAUCCUCACCGAGAACUACGCCGGGAAAUGGCCGCUGUGGCUGUCUCCACGUCAGGUGAUGCUGGUGCCGGUGAACCCGUCUCUUGAAGAAUACGCCAAACAGGUCUGUCAGAGGUUUGUUGAAGCUGGAUUCAUGGCCGAUGCUGAUUUGGACUCCGGUUGUCUUCUGAAUAAGAAGAUUCGUAACGCGCAGCUGGCGCAGUAUAACUUCAUCCUGGUGGUGGGAGAGAAGGAGCGCGCCGCUAGCAGCGUGAACGUCAGAACCAGAGAUAAUAAAGUGCACGGAGAGCUGAGCGUGGAGCAGGUGAUGCAGAGACUGACGCUCCUCAGACAGUCGCGCUGCCGCAGCGCCGAGGAAGACUUCUGAGACGGAGGAGGAAGAGUCUGAGACAUGCAAUCAGAAGAGAGUUAAACGAUGUCUUGUGUUCAAGUUCAGACGGUUUGCAAUAAAGACUGUCACGUUUAUCGUU